CAUGGCAACUGCAGUUUGCGUAGAGCUGAGCUGACACGAUGUUUGCUUGUGUUAUUUUCAACUUUUUAAAUCGAGUUGUUUGACUUUUCACAUUCAUAAAGUGGCCAGCACACAGCGGUUCUGACAACCAUCUGUCCCGGAUGUCUGACCAUAAGGAAAGGGAUUAUUUAUUAAAAGCUCAAGGGGAAGGGCCUAUAAAGGUGUCCUACAUUUUCCCAAAUGGGGACAGAUAUGAGGGAGAGUGCGACAGCUCUGCAUCAGGGGUGAUGAAGAGGAGCGGUGCUGGUAAACACACGUCAGCGGGUGGCGUCAUAUACACUGGAGAGUGGCUUGAAGACAAAAUCCAUGGCAGAGGGACCUUGCAGCAUCCCUCUGGAGCGCUCUAUGAAGGAGAAUUCCAAGAAAACAUGUACCACGGCACGGGAACAUAUACCUUCCCAGACAGCUCUACUUACAAAGGUCACUUUCACAACAACAGGUUGGAGGGAGACGGGGCGUUCACCGACACACAGGGACGGGUUUGGACGGGCGAGUUCCUCGGCAAAGCAGCGCUGGGCCUGAAAAUGCAGCACACUUUGGCAAAACAAGCAUAAUAAGCAUAAUUGCACUACACUUUAUAAAACACUGUAUAUGUUCUACAAUAAAAUUAAACUGUAUAAGUACUGGCCGCGGUGCUCCGACACAGCAAGUGUCUCUUUGUGUAAACUUCAACUUCACUCAGAAGAUGUCACAAUGGGGUUAUUUUUUUCCUGGCCCUUUGUCACACUGCUUUUAUGCUGCUGCGACAGGAAAGGUGCAUUACAUGCUAUACUUCUUAGCUAACAAAGAAUACUAGUGGCACGUGUAUGCACUCAUUUCAUUAGACACUUUUUCUUACUUGUUAAGAUUUUGACAAACCUGCAAUUCCAUCUUUGAAAUAUAAGCAUUAUUUAGCGUGCAAAUAAACCCUGUAUACCCAUUUCUCCCUGGCUGUCUUGUCUCCGUCAGGUUGAAGGCUGAAUACAGGGCAGUUGUACAUCAUUAUAGCACCAGCCAAUCACAAAGCAGGAUAUGCUCACAUCCCCAUCCACAACAGCUGUACCCGAACCGUUGGAACAUUGGCCCGAGGAAAUGUGCGAUGUGAUGCGAGUGUGUGGUCAGUUUGACCUUGUGUGUGUGUGUGUGAACCAGCUGUCAAGCCUCUGCAACCCUGCAGCUAAUGAACGAUAACUUUACAAACAAUCACAACUGUUCAACAUUGUUUAAUAAGCAGCUCUGAUAUUGUACUUUGUCAUUGCAUUGAAUAAUGCCUAUAUGGAUCUGUAAUUGCACAUACCCCUGAACAACUGCAGUGUUGAGUAUUCAUUUGGACUAUUCAGAUAUGGAAAUGUAACAAAAACACACAUGUAUAUAUACCAUAGUAACACCUAUACAAUGUUAAACAAUUCUGGUAAAAUACUGUACCAGAUACAAGAAACAGCAAUUUUUAUUGAUUGUACAAUUUUC